AUGCGGUACCUGGAUGAUUACUUCCCACUUUGGUCACAUGGAAGAGAAAAACUGGAAGAAUUUCUCAAGUUAGUAAACCAGAUUAAUGGAAAAAUUCAAUUCGCAAUGGAAGUAGAGAAAGGUGAGCGGUUACCGUUCCUGGACGUUGAAGUGAUCGGCUCUAAUGGGAAGCUCAAACAGAAAUUGUUCAGAAAGAAGUCCUAUGCUGGGAUAAUACUCAAUUUCCGGUCCCAUCACAAUUACAGGCUAAAAAUUGGAAUAAUGAGGAGCAGGAUCAUCCGAAGCCUACGCCUAACGGAUUUAGAAUUCUGGGACGAGGAGCUCGGCAAAUUGACGGGGAUAUUCCUCGGCAAUGGCUACCCAAUCGAAGUGAUACAAAGAAACGUACGGGCCGUGAAUAGUCGAUGGCAGAACGGGAAUAUGAAAGAACAGUAA